CCCACCCCCCUACCCGUUGGGGUGGGGUGGGAACAUCUCCUCCUCUGUCAGUCCUGUCAGAGCUGCGGUGGGUUCGGGUCCGAGCACUCCCGCCUUGCCCAGGACCGAGGGCCUGCUGUCCACAUCCCUUUCCUGAGCUGUGCACCGGGGGAAUGGCGCUGCCGAGAAAUGCCAACAUGUUUGAUCUGGGCCUGGGCACGUGGAGCCUUAGCUCUGAGGAGGAGAGCCAGAGGGCUCAGGCACCCUCCAAGAGUGUCGGGAAGCAGCUGCCCGAGUACAAGGCCGUCGUGGUGGGCGCGAGUGGCGUGGGCAAGAGUGCGCUCACCAUCCAGCUGAACCACCAGUGCUUCGUGGAAGACCACGACCCCACGAUCCAGGAUUCCUACUGGAAGGAGGUGGCCCUGGGCCAUGGGGGCUGCAUUCUGAACGUGCUGGACACGGCAGGGCAGGCCACUCACAGGGCCCUGCGUGACCAGUGCGUGGCGAUUGGGGAUGGCGUGCUGGGGGUCUUCGCCCUGGAUGACCCCUCGUCUCUAGCCCAGCUGCAGCAGAUGCGGGCCACCUGGGGCCCUCACCACACCCAGCCCCUCGUCCUUGUGGGCAACAAGUGUGACCUUGUGAGCACCACCGGAGAUGCUCGGGCUGCUGCUGCAGCCCUUGCGAAGAGCUGGGGGGCCCCCUUCGUGGAGACCUCAGCCAAGACACGGCAAGGUGUAGAGGAGGCCUUUACCCUGCUCAUCCAUGAGAUCCAAAAGGUCCGGGAGGCCAUGGCAAAGGAGGCCAUGACAGGGCCGGGUGGGGAUAAGGCCCGGCACCAGAAGGCCAUGUGCCGCUGCGGCUGUUCUGUGGCCUGA